AUGGUGCGCGUGUUUGGGAACCCCGUCGGGGGUGCGCAUCAAUACCGUCAGACUCAGGCGUUGAACCGCGAUGAGUCUCUUAGAGAACAGCUACAAAGAACGACUGUGGCGGAGCAGGAUGAAAACAUUGAGCCAGAACCUGAACGCAGUUCACCGGACGAGGCACAGUCGCGCCUCAAGUCGCUGCUGGGGAGCGUCGCACGCUCCAGUUCACUGCUCGGUCGACGCGUGGCCGGUCCGCCCGGCUCGUCGUUAUCGAAUCUAGCGGAGACGAGGCUUCUCACGGAAGAAGCGGCAAACAGGCCUACUGGCGCGGGACGCAGCGAACGCGUCUCAGCCGGCAGAGCGGAGCCGUUGCCACCGGGACCCACCACCGCCACUACCAACGCUGAUGCGAAUACAGUUCAGCGAGGGCUAUCUGUGGCGAGCGCGUUUCCACCUCGAGCACCGCUGCAAGCCGCCGGUUUCACUGUCGCGCGACGGACGACACGGUCUGGUGUACAACGCAAGCACCGCUUCCGGCCCGGAUCACGUGCUAUCAUGGAGAUUCGCAAGUUCCAACGCUCCACGGAGUUGCUGCUCCGCCGUUUACCGUUCGCGCGCCUUGUACGAGAGAUUUGUGAGCGUUUGUUUGGAAGCUCCGCGUUCCGCUGGCAGGCAAGUGCGCUCGAGGCAUUGCAAACCGCAGCAGAGGAUUAUCUCAUACACCUCUUCGAAGACAGCAAUCUUUGUGCAAUCCACGCUCGCCGAGUGACCAUCAUGCCGCGAGAUAUCGCCCUUGCACGAAGAAUUCGUGGCUAUCAUAGCGAUCCGCACGGGUACCUCUGA